UCGCACAAGACUUUGAAAAGGCGUCACUCGGACAGUACUCUGCGGGACACCCUUUCCCGUACCCCCAUCUGAGGGAACAUAACCGUGGAUUUCGUGUGGCACCGAGCUGUGGCAUGAUUCUGGGCCGUCUCUCGAGCUGCACCGCCUCAGAACUGGGGGAUAGGGUUUCAAGUAGAAAGAGUUUGGGAUCCUCUCUUCGCAGGGGCCAUGUACCGUAGUAAGCCAACUUCGCCUCUGGUUCCAAUUGCUUGCGGUGACGUCCAUACGUUGUGUGUUUGCCUCUCAACAGCUGGAAGCAGACAACUGUGGUGAAGCCAUUUGAUAUUCGCCCUCGUAGAAAGGCUGCUGGGAGGCACGGCGUUUCCCAUGGCGUUCAUGCGUGCAAAUCAGUGUGUCGGGACGGCGUGCCUUCCAGCAUCAGGUCGGAGCUCAGGACCGCAGUUGGCGUCCACCCUGAAAUACGAAUUCCACUGGAGAUAUCUCCUUGCCCCCGACUGCCGGAUCUCUGGUGCAACUACCAGCCCCACUGAUACAUAUCUCAAUUGCAUCAAUUUAAGAAACGAAAUUUAUUUUCGAAUUCUUAAUGAACGUGGCGCUGGCAUGGCAACGCACAUCUCGAUCAAGGAAUAUGAUGUGCCGCAAAGGGCCGAGGGUGUUGAAGUGCAGUUGUGUGAGGUGGCUCGUGUGUGUGUGUGGAUUGCGCCACUUCCCUUCGUGCUAAGAAGAACCCCUGCCACACUCCAAGCGGCCUGGCACGUCUCUGCCAACAGCAUGCCUCCGUCUCGACAACGCAGUCCAAGCCACGUGCAUGGGGUUCUCCGCAAAUGAUGCUUCAUUUUGAGGGAGCUGAGCGAGCCCGAGUAAUAAGCAGUAACCACGAAAGGAAAGCGACGCGGUGGCUUGACAGCCAGAGA